AUGAGUGAUAGAGUACUAAUAAAGGUGUAUUAUUUUGGUCAAAUUUUAUUAGAAACAUCUGAAGGGGUAAAAUUUAUUUGUGAAAAUCCAGUAGAUGUUGUUAUUCCUUUUAUCAUUUCCUUUGAAGAACUGAAAGGUUUGAUCUGUGAAAAGAUUGAUUCUGAGAGGGCAAAAAAAAUAUCCUGUGUUCUAUACAGAUAUCACGUACCGGUAUUUGGUGGGUUUGUCCAAUUUCAAACAAGAUAUGUGACGGACGAAGCGAGCAUGCAGGAGAUGUUUUCAAUGUAUAUUGAAAACCGGGCGCAGAUCUCGUAUAUCGAGUUGUAUGUUGAGUUUGAACAAUCUGAGGCAGACCGAAACAUUCUACGGGAAGAUUAUAAUAGUGACAGUGAAGAAGAGUUCGAAAGCAACUACGAAUGUGUUGGUGCAGAUGGAGAUGAAGUUCAUGGUGAGGGAAAUAUGGAUCCAGAUGUGACAGAGGUGGCAGAUGCACUCGCAAACGAUAUGCCGUUUGGGAAGCCUUCAUUCAUGCGAGUUCUGGACUUGGAAGCCAUGCAUGUUCCGGAGUUUCCGGAAUAUAUGACUGCAGAAGUUCCUUUUGUCGCAGAUGGUGAAUUUGCUGUUGGGAUGGAGUUUAGUUCCCGGGAAGCUGUUAUUAAGGCAAUAAAAGAGUAUACCAUACGACGAAGCGUAGAUUACCGGGUGUAUGAGUCUGAGCCUUUGACAUUUUAUGCCAAGUGUACACAGUAUGGGUCAGGAUGUGAUUGGCUUAUUAGGGUAAGCUUGAUCAGCAGGAAGUAUUGUUGGGUUAUAAGGAGGUAUAAUGGUAGUCACACUUGUACCAGAGCCACCAUUUCACAGGAUCAUGCGAAGCUGGACUCCAUCACAAUUGCAGAAGCAAUAAAGCCAUUGGUUGAGGCUGAUCCCUCCUUAAAGGUAAAGUCUGUUAUAGCAGAAGUGCAAUCGAAGUUUAACUAUACUGUUAGCUAUCGGAAAGCAUGGUUGGCUAAGCAAAGGGCAGUAGAAAAAAUAUUUGGAGGUUGGGAGGCAUCGUACGAAGCGUUGCCUAUAUGGUUUCAGGCCAUGUGUCAUAAGGAGCCAUCAGCUGUUGUCCAUUUUGAGACUAUGCCUGCAUACCAAGGCGAUGACUUGGUUGGUCAUAUUCGGGUACUGCAUAGAGUAUUUUGGAGUUAUUACCCCUGUAUCAGGGCAUUCAGACAUUGUAAGCCAGUUGUCCAGGUGGAUGGGACUCACUUGUACGGGAAGUAUAAGGGUUGUCUCCUAGUCGCAGUUUCACAGGAUGGCAACAACAACAUCGUCCCAAUUGCGUUUGCUAUUGUCGAGGGAGAGACUUCUGAUGCGUGGCACUUUUUCCUUAGUAACUUACGUCAACAUGUUGUCACUCGAGAUGGUGUGGGACUGAUAUCCGACCGACAUGAAUCCAUCAAUGCAGCUGUGGAACGGAGCAUAUAG